AUGACAGAGAAAAAGGAAUCCAAGAAAGUUGCAGCACAGGCGUUUACGGAGAAGUUGAAUGCGACUCCAGCUUCCUGCAGUGAGGCGGAUCGCUUCAGAGAGGCGGACGACCGCUUCAAAAGCUGUGCCACAGACCGGCUGCAGGCGCUGCUGGGUUAUGAGAAGAUUUCAGAAGUGCCAGUCGAGGUGAAAUCAACCUUGGAAGCUUGGUGCUUGCUGCACGGAAAAGAAGCCAGCAUUGAGCAAUGUCUCAAGUUGGUCAGGGAGGAACCUGCGGAUUUCAAGCUGGUGGGCAUGAGUGACCUGAACUACAUGGCACCCGAGGAGCUGGACGACUUGGAGAAGCGCACCAAAGAUCUGUCCAUUGUCAAAGAGACCAAGGAGGCGGAGGUGGCUGAGAUGAUGUUGGAGUGGCUACAGGCUGCGAUGAGUCUGCACCGCUGGGCGCAGACAACUAGGGCGGUCGCGCCCCAGGAGUAG